AUGUCGCGUGUCGAGAACGAGAGCGGAUUCCUUUCCUCCGACGCAGCCAGCGAUCGUUCCGAGGAUGACAAGGUGCUCGAUUCGAAGAAGAGAAACGGAGACGUUCCGAAGGAGGAUCAUCUGAAGUCGAUGUGCAACGCCUACCAGAGCAUCAUCCAGCACGUCGGUAAGUUUCUUGCUCUUUGUCUGUUGGUUUGCGGAUUAAUCGGUCGCCGAUUAUAGUCAACUGGAACUGAUAACCUUCGGUCUUCCUCUCUUUUUUCGUCAAUUUCUUAUCACAAAAGUGACGAACAAGAUUAGUUGGUUAGGGUGAUCUUUGCGCUAUGGUUUUCCGGGUUGAUUAUGAGAAUACGAUCCAGACUAGUGACACACACACACAUUCCCAUGAUGAGAAUCAGAAUCAGAAUGAGGACCAUGAAUCACGCGGCGGGAACUUUCCCACACUCUUUGCUUUUCAGGCGAGGAUAUCAACCGUCAGGGACUUUUGAAGACUCCGGAACGUGCCGCCAAGGCCAUGAUGGCCUUCACCAAAGGAUACGACGAGCAGCUCGACGGUAGGCGGUGCUCGGAGCUGCUCAUCUAGAUCCGCUUUUCUUGCAGAGCUGCUGAACGAGGCGGUGUUCGACGAGGACCACGACGAGAUGGUGAUCGUGCGCGACAUUGAGAUGUUCUCUCUUUGCGAGCACCACCUGGUUCCAUUCAUGGGAAAGGUGCACAUCGGCUACAUUCCCAACAAGAAAGUGCUCGGACUCUCAAAACUUGCUAGAAUUGUCGAGAUGUUCUCUCGUCGUCUUCAAGGUAAUCCAAUCCGUUUCUCGAGGAAGUACACCUCGGCUCAUUUCAGUGCAAGAACGGCUGACGAAGCAGAUCGCCACCGCGAUGGUCCAGGCGGUGCAGCCUUCGGGAGUGGCCGUCGUCAUCGAGGCGAGCCAUAUGUGCAUGGUGAUGCGCGGAGUUCAGAAGAUCAACGCGUCGACGACAACCUCCUGUAUGCUCGGAGUGUUCCGUGACGACCCGAAGACCCGCGAGGAGUUCCUUAACCUUAUCAACAAGCGAUAA